GUGCACAGCGUAAUGGCAAAUUGAUUGACGACCUGAAAAAAUGAAUUUAAACUUUUUUGUACUUUACACCAUUCUCACCGUAUUUUCAGCGUCUACGGCUCUAGAAUAUGCUCCAAUUGUCAAUACUAAACAUGGUCAAAUUCGUGGCCUAAUCAAUACAGUCGGUCUUUGGACUAAAUCAUAUUUCUACCAAGGAAUUCGUUAUGCAACGGCUGAAAGAUUUUCAAAACCCGUACGCGUCGAAUCAUUCGAUGAGGAAAUCUAUGAUGCAACAAAAGAAAGAAAUUCAUGCCCACAAUUUCUGAAUGGACUUGGAAAUACGGAUGUUCAUCAUAUGACGAAUAAAAGUGAAGAUUGCCUUUUUUUGAAUAUAUUCAAACCGAUACCAAAUAUCGAAGAUGAUGAUGCCAAAUUAUUACCCGUAAUGGUAUGGUUUUAUGGUGGCGGUUUUCAAUGCGGCACAAUAUUUUUUCCACUUUAUGAUGGAACAUAUCUAGCCAAUUAUGGUAAUGUAAUUGUUGUUUCCAUUAAUUAUCGCGUCGGUCCAUUUGGUUUUCUUUAUGCCGGUACUGAAGAUGUACCCGGUAAUCAAGCUUUUUAUGAUCAAAUUAUGGGACUUGAAUGGGUUCGUGAUAAUAUCAAAAGUUUCGGUGGUGAUCCUGAUCAGGUGACCAUUUUUGGUGAAUCAGCCGGAUCAUUUUCGGUAUCGACGUUAGUGAUAUCACCAUUGGCCAAAGGUUUAUUCAGACGAGCCAUAAUGCAAUCUGGUUCAAUGGUUCCAACGAUUCGAUUUUCCAACAAACAGGGUGCAAUAGACAAAACAUUGAAAUUGGCUAAGGAUUUAAAUUGUGAGCAACAAGAAAUGUCCAAGAUUAUCAAAUGUCUUCGAAGUAAAUCUAUGGAAGAAAUUAAAAAUGUAGCAACCGAUAGUAUUGAGAAAAUGAUCUCCAAUCAAAUGAUUGGACCAAUUAUUGGUGAUGCCGUUUUACCAAAAGACGUAUCUAGAUUUCAGCAUGGAUCAAAUGGACCGGUGGACAUAUUGUUUGGUGUGACACGUGAUGAAGGCAGUUUUUUUGUUGUACAUUUCCUUCCUGAACUAAAAGAUAACAACAUCCAGAUGAGCGAGGACAAAAUUCGAGAAAAUAUCCGAAAAAUUUUAUCAUUUUAUCAUAUUCAAGAUCAUGAAGAAAUCGAAAAUUACUAUAUCAAACGAAUCGACACGACCGAUUAUAAUCAAGUCAGGAAAAUGUUUUCCGACUUAUUCGGUGAUUUACGAUUCAACUGUCCAGUAAUGUUAUACGGUAAACAAAUGGCCCGUGCAAAUCCAAAGAAUCGUUUUUAUGCAUAUCGUUUUGAUCGCCGGACAAUAUUGGCAGAUCGAAUGCAUUGUGAUGAAUGGAUGAAUGGAUGCCAGAAUGGAUGGGUAAUACGGUUUUUCUAUGUAUUCAGCCAUUCAAUGAUGACAAUAUAUCCACGUGAUUCACAAUUAAGUAUUGAUGUUAUGAAUUCAUGGACAAGAUUUGCUAACACUGGUGAUCCAAGUCCAAUCGGCUCGAUGGAAUGGCCUGAAGCUUUCGAUGAUAAUGAAUUACAAUCAUCAAUGCGUUGGAUGAUUAUUGACAUUGAUUAUAAAAUUGAAAAUGAUAUCUACAAAGAUGUUUGCGAAACAAUUUGGACCAAACAAUAUGAUGAUUGGUUUGAAAGAAAUUUCAGUAGUCAAAAAGAGGAAUUGUAAAUAUAUGCUUUAUGUAAGUUCAUGCUUUUCGCACAGGAUGAUCGACCGUUAGAAUAGAAAUUAAACAAAAAAAAAAUACAAA